ACACAUCACACAUGGAUGGAGGACGAGGUCGUGCACUGCAUCCAUGGAGAACUCGGAGGAGGAGUCGGAGGAGCAGAGCUCGCUGGAGGAGCCUCGGACGCCGCGGUCGUGGCCGUCGUCGUCGCAGCAGGCGCUGCUGCUGGACCCGCUGUACGCGCGGAGCAAGUCGGUGAUCCACGACGAGCUGCGCAGCUUCCGCGUCUUCCUCCGCUGCUGCUUCCUCGACCACUCGUCACCCCCCGCGCGCGCCGCCUCCUACGCCGCCUUCCUCUCCCUCUCCCUCGCCGUCCCCGCCGCCGUCUCCGCCUCUCUCCGCGCCGACCCCGCGCUCUCCCCGGCGUCCGCGUCCGCCGUCACCUUCAACCGCCUCGCCACGCUCACGUCCUCGGCGCUCGCCGCCGUCUCCUUCCUCACGCUCGCCUCCUUCUUCCGCCGCGGCGCCGGCAAUGGCGCAAGCGGCGGCGGGCUCCGGGGGCUUCUGUUCCUCGACGGCGGGCUCCGCGACGACGCCGCCUCCGUGCGCCGCGGCUACGAGCGCGAGCUCGACCGCGCCUUCCGCAUCCUGGCGCUCAUCCUCCUCCCAGCGCUCUGCGUCGAGGCGGGCCACAAGGCAGUCUUCUUCUUCUCCACCGUCCGCCUCGAGCCCCCCCUGCCACCGCCUCGGGCCACAACGCCACUCUCCUCCUCUUCCUUCCUCCAUCAAGUGCCGUGGCGAGCGGUGGCGCUGGUGUUGACGGUGGCGUCGUGGGUGUACAGGACGGGGGUGUUCCUGCUGGUGUGCGUGCUGUUCCGGCUCACCUGCGAGCUCCAGAUCCUGCGCUUCGAGGGGAUCUACCACAUGUUCGACGUCGAGCAGGCGCCGCGCGCCGGGGCGGACGAGAUCUUCGCGGAGCACCGCCGGAUCCGGACGCAGCUGCUCGCCACGAGCCACCGGUACCGGGUGUUCAUCCUCUGCUGCCUCGUCACCAUCACCGUCAGCCAGCUCGGCGCCCUCCUCGUCGCGCUCUCCUCCAAGGACAGAAAGAGCUUCGCCAACUCCGGCGACCUCCUCGUUGGGUCUUCGGUGCAGCUGAGUGGCUUCUUCAUGUGCCUGUUCGGCGCGGCGAGGAUCACGCACCGGGCGCAAAGGAUCGUGUCCAUCGCCAGCCAGUGGCACAUGGGCAUGGUGCACCACGGCAAGCCGGCGCCGGAGCCGGGGGUCAGCACGUCGGCGAGCGACGACGCGGCGGCAUCAGGCGCCUGCUGCGCGUACAAGAGCAGACAGGCUCUGGUGACGUACCUGUGGCACAACAGCGGCGGGAUCACGCUGUUCGGCUUCACGCUCGACAGGGGCCUGCUCCACACCAUCUUCGCCUUCGAGAUGACGCUCGUGCUCUGGAUCCUCAGCAAAGCUGUAGUUCUCUCCUAAGCAGUACAAAUCCAUUCACUCUGCGCCGCUCGUGAAUAUUUGCUGAGUAAACCAUGUACUGUGCUGCUAAGCUAGCAUUCUCAACUGUCUGAUAGAAAAUGUAAAAAAUUCAGAUAACUGGUUCCUUGCAUUGGUUCAGUUGUGUGAUUGAUUGAUACAGUAUGUAGGAGUAACCAUGUAUUGUGUUAAGUUUAGCAUCCUCGGCUGUUGAUAACAAGUGUAACGAAAAAUUCAGGAGACGGCUGGAGGAGCAAGACAAGUUUCAGAAAA